CAAAUUUCAAUAACACAGUUGACUUUCAUCUUUGUGACACCCACGUAUAUUCUUACAAAAACAAUUCCAAUUCAUCCAAUAUAAAUACCCCUAAAUAAUCCUCUUAAUAAAAAAAAACCCCACCAAAUUUACCAAAAUCCAGCCAAAAAAAACAACAAAAAAAAGCACAAAAUGAAAAGAGCUCAAAAUUUGUUUCUAUUAUCAGUUCUUCUGGUAGCUAUAUCCAUUCCUUAUUCAACUGCAAAUGAAUACGAAUCACCAACAAAACCAUAUCCUAAACAACACAAUACACCACCAAAAAUGACAGCAAAUGUUGUGGUUGAAGGGAUAGUUUACUGUCAAAGCUGCAAGUACUCAGGAACGUGGUCGCUCGAUGAGGCUAAACCCAUCAAGGGUGCUAAAAUCGGAGUCAUUUGCAGGAACUAUAAGGAUAGAAUCAGCUACUACAAGACUUACAGUACUGACAGUGGCGGCUACUUUUACGCGAAACUUGAUGGAUUCACGAUGAGACAUCAGCUUCUUGAUCAUCCCCUGCAAGCUUGUGUUGUGAAGCUGGUUUCUUCUCCUAUUGAUGAAUGUGAUGUUUUUACUAAUAUUAACUAUGGUUUUAAUGGAGCUGCACUUCGGUAUGAGAAGAAGAAGAUUAUGAACAAGGGUUAUGAGGCUGUGAUCUAUGCUGCUGGUCCCUUGGCUUUCCGCCCUGAGUACUGUAUGCCAAACCAAUACUGAGUGUAAUAAGAGGCGGAGCGAAAAUUGACAAAUAAUUUAAGACCCUUCUCAUACCAAAACAUUCUAACACCUACUGUAUUGUAAUACUCAAGUAUAUUAUGUGUGUUUAACAUUUGAGGCUGCUUUUUUGAUGCGGUCGAGCAUGUUUCAAAUGCUCAGAACCUUCCAAAGUGUAACUUGUCGCAGAAUGAAAUUUGUCUUUGCGUAUUCAUGUAUUUAACUUGUGGGUUCUUGUGAAAUAUGAGAACCAUUUUUCUGCUCUUCAAUGAA